UAAUUAUUAAUAUAUAUCAUGUACUACGGUAAUUAUGUUAUACGAAAGAUUUGAAUGGAAUUUAUUUAGGUAUUAAAUAAUCAGUAUCACGCGACACGUACAUAUACGUGUCAUGGGUGAUAACUGAAAAUUCGAUGAGUCUUCUCUCCUUCGUACGUUGACCUUGAAAUCGAUUCCUUUCUAUUCUAUGCCCGAACACUAAGCGAUAGGGGAAAAUCUUCGUCUUUCUACUUCGAUUCGAGAUAAAUUCCUUCGUCGAUGUUAGAUAUUACGUACGUAGUAGAGUUACGGAUUAACAUCGAAUCCUUUUUAUCUUUUAUUCUCUAUUUUAUGCACGGCCACACAUGCGUGAUAACUUCUAAUCUAUAUAUACAUACGUACAUACAUAGAAGCGAAAAGGAUUCCGUCGAUACGCGUGUACGUACAUACAUACGUACGUAUGUAUAUACUCGGUAUGUACAUAUAUACAUACAUACAUACGUACAUAAAUGCAUACAUACAUACGUAUAUAAAUACACACAUACAUGCAUACAUACAUGUAUAUACCAUAUCCGAGCUCUCUUUCAUCUAUGUGUUCGUUCCGGCCUAAUGGAUCGCAGGUACAUACACAUAGAAAUUUGUACCGAUUUUUCUGGUUUGCGCUAGUGAAAGGGAAGGAUACUUCCAAUCUUCGAGACCCAGAUACUUGAUAACUCUCCUUUAUACCCUUUAUUUAUAUAUUUAGUUUCCCGUAUGUCUACAUCGUACAAUCUCCAUUAUUUUUGAUGGAUUAUUUAAUGGACCACUCGAAGAGACCGUACUCGAUAAGUUUAAACAUUAUCGAUCUUCAAAAUAAGAUCGUAAAUUACAUCGUUUGUAAACGCUAAGAAGUUAUUCUCUUUAGCGUGUACAUUUAAAUAGGUACACAUUUAGCGUUAGUGUGUCCGUGAGACGAGGAAAGGUCGACGACCCUUUUUGUUGGACACCCAUCGCUUGAGUACCCUUUCAAGAAGUCGUAUAAGAUGACGUUCAAAACGAAUAGAAAUAGUAGAAAAAGGGUAAGAUACUCUGUAAUGUUUCAACAACCUGGGUUAACUUUCCACGCUCGUGUGUUAUUUAUAAAACGAAAAAGAAAAAAAAAAAAGGAAAAAGUAAAAAAAGAAAAGAAGAAAAGAAAAACGAAAAAAAGAAAAGAAGAAAAAUAAAAAGAAGAAAGAGUAAAAAGAAUCUUCUCUCGAUAUAGUGCUCGGUACAUUAACUAUGCCAUCGUUAAUUAGUUAUGCUGUUACUUGGAUAGAAAGGAGCGUAUCAAUAAAUAAUCUAUGUUUUCACGAUCAGAAUCCAUUAUGGUCCAUUAAUAAAUAAAAAGGAUUAGAAUGAUAAUUUCGUUGGGAUUUAAAAAUUAGAAAGGCAAGAAGAAAAACAAAGUAUCAAGUAAAUAUCUAGAAUAAAAUGAUCCAGAUGGCAGGUAGCAGGUAAGAUCAUACUGGGCAAGGUCAUCCAUCGUGAUCAUGCAUACGUAAAUAUGAUCGAUCCCUUUCGAUCUUCGGAAAGUGCCUUCGAAGUAUAUUUCCAGGAUCCCGUUCCGUUUGGCCAAUCGAAGGAGAGGCUUUCUCUUGGAUCACGUUUCGUCUACAUUGCAUCGGGUACACGCUUUAUGGCAAUGCUUGUCUCUCUUUGGAGGGGAGUCUAUAUAGACUCUCCAUUACGAUGGUGCCCCUUCAAACUGUUCGUGCUUCUAAGACCGUACGCGUACUCUCGAGUUGGACACCUCCUCGCGUGUGCCCACCUGCGUUUAUCCACGAUUUUUUUUUUUUUUUUGGAAAAAAAUAGAUUGGACAAUAGCAAAGAAAUUUUAGAUAGGUAUAUAGGAAAUGCAAGAACGUUCGUGGUGCAGUGUCAUAGAGUGUUAUUUAUAUCGUCAAUAAUAAAUAAUAUAAAUUAUUAGAAAACUAUUUGAUUUUUAUUAUUGUCACGAAAAGAGAAAGAAAUAGAGAAACGGGAAAGUGAGGGGUGAAACGACGGUGUCGCGACAACUUCUUCAAAGUCACCCUGCACAAUGAUCGUGCGGAGGUGCUGGUCGUUGAUACUACUAUCCACUGGUCUAAUUCUAUGCGUAAGAAUUGGAGGUAUCAGCGGUGAACGAUGGUCACGACAAGUAUCAACUAACGAUUGGAUUCCAUUGGCAAAUCCAAGAAGUACUUCGAAUCAAAUUAGAACGAGUAACGUUGGAAAUGAAGCAGUUUCAUCGGGAAGUUCUACUCUACCGCAUCUUCCAUCUCUCUCUUUACCCCCAGCACUUCAAGAACAAUAUCAGCAACAACUUUUGCAAUUGCAAAAGACUCAAGAGAAUAUUCAAAAGUUGCUGAUCUUACAGGAACAGCUUAGGACACAGCAACAGUUAUUACAGUCUCAAACGCUUCUACCGAGCAAUUUCGGUAGCCCGGAAAAUGAGAAACGUAUGCUGCAGCAAAAUACGAUACCAAAUUUGCAAGGUAUAUCAGGUUUAAGUUCGGACGUGUUAGUACCACCAUUACCCUCUCCCGAUGCUCUUCCGCCCAUUUAUUCUGCUCAAAACUUCCUCUCGCAAGGAUUACAGCGGUUUCAUCAGCCAGUAAAGGGUAAUCAGAAUUUAAACGUUAAAAACGAAGAAUUUGGAAACUUGCAUAAUGGCAAAAGUCAAGUCUAUAGCGAAGGUCAUGAGGAUAGAUUGAGAGAAGAACAAAGUCCGGAUCAAUUGAGCCAAGUUGAUAUUCGUGAAAACGUUAAAGAUUUUGUCGAGAAGCAAGAAAAAUAUCGGCCAGCUGGAAAACAAGUGAAAGGUCAAACGGCACAUGGUAUUUCGGGCUUACCUGAAAAUGUAGAGAAUGAAAACGAGGAGGUCCAACUAGUCUACGUUCCUCUAGAAACGCUAGCUCAACAAAGGGGCCAACCCAAGAGAUUACGAGGACAAAAGCAAUAUCCUUUCCGUCAGCAACAGCAUCAGGAACAACAGCAGCAAUAUCGAAUAAACGAUGGUGUUGAGCAAACAACAAAAGAGCCAGAUACUUUCGCUCGAGAUUUGUUGGACCAGUUGGAGUUCGUGAAGGAGGAAAGAUCGAAGGAGAUCACUCGAAUGGAAGAUGUGAAGAAAGCGUUGGAGAGGAAAGCUCAGCUCGAGCAAGAGAUUCUGCAGAAGGAGCAGGAAUUGGCAAGACAGAGAGAAGAGGAGAGAAGGAGAAAAGAACUCGAAAAACUUGAGGAAAUAGCGAAGCAACGAGAACUCGAAAGACUUCGAGAGGCGAGAGAAAAGCAGAGAUUGGAAGAACUCGAAAGACGAAGAAUCGCGGAAGCUCGAGCGAAGGAAGAGAAACGACGACAAGAGGAAGAAGCUAGGCAAAGAGAGAACGAAAGGCUGGCUGCAUUGGAAAAACAAAAACAAUUGGAUAUUCAACGUGCCUUGGAGGAACAAAGAAAAUUAGAAGAACAGAGACAGGUGGAAGCGAGCACGGUUACUCCAAAUAUUAAUCAAAAUCAACCGGACACUCAAACUCUUCCUUUGGUACGUAACAAACAGUUACAACGACAACAUGUCACGGAAACCUCGAAUAAGGUAAAACAUAGAAAUCGCGUUAGACAACCACGUCCAAGAAUCAAUCAGCAACUACCGACUACAACCCCACCACCAUCGCCGAAUCAACCUCCUCUUUCCGUUUACAUGGGCGGUGAUAGCAUGGCACCAGAGAGAGUAAAAAUUUCGGAUGUUUUAAGGAUUCUCAAAGAUGCAAAAACAAUAGCAGUUUUAGACACGGUUGUACCUAAUACGCCUAAAGUAUUUGUAGGACCAACAAAUCUAGAUCCACCGUUUGGUUACACAAAGUUUGAUCUCCCGUACUUAUCGUCGAUUGACCAUAAUCGAGUUGAAAGAAAAGUCGACAAGUUACCUUUCUUCGUGGCACCGCUUAGCUUCGAUCCACCACCAGGAUAUUCUAAAAUCCCAUUCCCAGCUCCUCAUAUCGGAUCCGUCGUCGUGAAUACAAUCGAUGCUUCAGCUCCCGAACCCGAUACACCAGAAACUAUUCAUAAUUUUAGCCCGACACCUCUUAUAGAACCAAACUCUUACAUCGAUGGGACUGGAAGUGAUUUGAGUCGGAUAGAUCCCACCACACUAGGCUAUGAACAUUCAACCACUGCUGGUUACACUCAAGAAUUGUCCAGUACACCAAAAUAUGAUACUUCGUAUUCCACGAUAUCAACACCUAGUGGUUCUAGAUUCCGAUUUAGGCAAUCCUACGGAGAUAAUAAUCCUCCUUCCGUAAUCGACACUAUUUAUCAAGGUGAGCCAUCACUCCCGAUUGGAAAAGCCAAACAAAAGACAUAUUAUGAUGAAGAUUCCAGACAUGUAGUUCCUACUUUGGCACAUGACACUAGAUUGGGUAUCACUGGGACUACUUAUCAAGAGGAAGCAAUUUAUUCGAGUACACCGAAUUAUCCAGAACAGUCAUCGAGAACAUUGGAUGAUCCGUCGACGAAAGAACAAGAUUUAGCCGCACAAUUAGCAUUGAUUAAUCGAGAACUUGCCCAACAAAGAAAUGCUAACAAUAACAAAAACAACAACAACAACAACAAAGAUUCUUUUGUCGAAAAUCAUAAUACGUAUACGCAAUCAAAUCCUCAUUUCAUUAAUUCGUUCCAAUCUCUAGUUUCCUCGAAUGAUGCUAAUGAAGUAAGAGGUCCAACGCAAUAUAAUUUACCUGCUGAGUUACCGAUUUCACCCCAUCUACCUGGGUUGGUUAAUUCUUUGCUCGAGAAGCAAACAACGAUUCCAACUACUACAACGACAGAAGUUGUAACAACACCAGCGAUUAUAACGACUACGACUACGACUACCACACCCAGGCCACCCUCAACCACUUAUAGGCCACGUUCGCGUCAUAGAAGUAGGAUAGUACCCACACGACCCACAACCACCACAACACCUACGACUCCUGGUACUAGAGCGUCCGAUAGAUCUAGAAGACCCUACAGUAGAACAAGAAGUGGAUCCAGGUACACAACGACUACCGAAUCGUAUAACGAUUCACCGGUUUACGAACCUACCAAAUCAAAACAUUCCGAAACUACACAGAAGUAUAACUAUAUAGACCAUCAUAAAAGGCCAAGAGGUCAGAAACAUAGGAAUAACGAUAAGACGGCUUAUCAAUCCGAGGCCUACGAUCAAAAUUACAAUAUUCAAGCUCAUCAAGCUGCAAUUUACGAGCAUAGUGCUCCCGAUGGAUCGAUCACGUCCACGCCGACUGAUUCAUAUUCACAAUCAGGCACACCCUCGCAUAAUUCUAAACAACAAGAAUCAAGUAUACCUACCUCAAAUUUGAACGCUUUCUCUCAAGAGAAUUAUCCAUCGACCAUCGUUGGCUCUACUGAAAAUUAUCCACCUUCCCGUGAAACUACACCGAAUUACAACACUCCGGUUGCAACGGAAGACUAUUCUAAGGGACAAAAUUAUCCUCAGAAUUAUCCCCAAGAUGCUAACUAUCCUACCGCCUAUGGAAGUCAACUCGAUGAAUUGGAUCAAACCGUUCUUGAGAAAGCGCCAGUCAAUGGAUUUAAUUAUCAAGCUCAGAACAGCGAGGCUCGCAAUCAACCGACCGUUCAGAAAUCUAAGGACUAUACCGCUUAUUACGCUGAGAAACUCGAGAAUACAGAUUUUGGUUUAAGCGGUACUUCGGAAAAUCCAAGAAGUAAGAUCGAUGAGACAGCCCAACAAUAUUCUCCUCCGUACGAAGUAGCACCGGUUCAAUCCCACUUGAAUUAUCCUCCAACUGGUGAGCAUGGUAACUUUGGACAAGUUGAAGACAGAAAGGUAGAUGGAAGUAGCGUUGUAGCGGAUCCAAACGAAGAACCAAUUUUCAUCCCGCUUCCACCAGAGAAGCAAGAAGUUUAUGAUUUGUUAGCGCCACCGACAGAAGAACCAUUAACCACGAUGACAACGCAAACUAGUACGACAACGGAAGCAACUCCAGUUGUAAUACGACAACGUGUUCGUGGUCGUGUUGGUACCCGAACGCAUUCCGAUUCGGUCGUGCAAACCCGUCCAAGAGGUUCGCAAGACGAAUUCGUGCGUUUUAGCGCUGUCAAUCAACAAGAUGCUCCACGAUCGUCCGGUCAUCGUCAUAGAACGAAAUCGAGAUCGCGUCCACAAAGCCAAGUUAAAACGAGUGGUUAUGACUAUGUGAAGAUUCAGGCUGGUUCGCAAAGACAACGAUCUCUUGUACAACAAACCACACCAUCUACAACAACGAGUACGACAACAACAACAACAACUACAACAACAACGCCGAGGACUACGACCACCACAACUACCGAACAACCCUUGGAAGAAGAUAUCGAUUAUGGCUUUAUAAGACCUCCUAGCUUCCGACCAGUGCAUCCGGUGGACAAUCGAUUCCAUGCACCACCUGUUACUUUCAAGCCAAUACUGCCACAAAUAAACAAUUUACCGAUACAACAACAACAACAACCUUCUGCCAGUGCUCAAGAGACCGAGAUAGAGUACAAUCCACCUCCGAGUCAUUCUUUAAAGAAUCGUCCGAAGUAUCAUACAACGAAUCGACGUCCAUCGAUUAAAUCAACGAUUUUACCAAUUACGACGCCAAUUAUUACGACUACAACAGAAAAUAUACCGCAGGCAACGAUAAAUCCCGAUAAUUCGGUGUACACAGUAAGACCAAACUACAAACCAGAAGAUAUAAAACAAAGUCGAACUCGUACCAGGACUCGUCGUCCUGGAAGAAAACGUCUCACGACGACCAGCACAACGGAGUCCAGUUAUGAUGUGAAUAACGAAGUACCAUUGGAAGGAAAUUAUCCACGUGUACUUCCGGCACUUCCGGAAACAGUCGGAGAGCAGCAGACUCUUUACGAUGAAAAUUUUGAUAGUCUAUCCCAAUUUGGUGAAACUUAUAAUCAACCAGAUCAAUCUUAUAAAUCAAUUACGGAAAACUAUCCACCGCAAGACUUCGUAUUGAACUUUGGAGCGGUAGCUCCUCAAACGCAAGUACAACAAGAGGAAUAUGAUCAAACACAAUUGGGAAAUAACUCUCCUCAGAAGUACAGUCAUUCAACGAAUUUAAAAUCAACGACGUUAAGUGACACACAUUUAAUGCCUGCUGACAUUUACGGAGCCGAGAGUCAAUGGUCUACCAAAUUAUCUCGUACCUCUUUUCAACCAAGUUUCGCGGCUAAUUAUGCUACUGGUGGAUUCAAUGAAGAACGUACAAAACAGGAGAACAUUAAAGAAGUCACUGAUAUUAUAACGGUUCGUCCAGAGAACUCAUUAACGUUCGUAGUUUCCUCCGAAUUGAAGAAUAGCGAUGGAAUGAAAUUGAUGAUGGACGAGGAAGAAUCUAUGGCAAAAGGUACUACGGUGUUUGGACAAAAAAUGACGAUGCGCGAUCACACGGAGAGUCCAAUGAAACGUCAACAAAAAGUAAGCUCGUUGGAAAAUUACGAUGAUGAGAGGUGGCGAUCGAAGGAAGAAAAUUUGUCGAAAGAAUCGACGGAGAAGGAAGACGAUGAAAAAAUAUUAAAGAAAACUAGCGAUCCUGUUGGAGUUAGAAAGACUAACAGAAGGAAAAGAGUACGAGUCCGAGUAAGACCAAUCAUCGAUGAUUUUGUUACGGCCGAGUCUCAACAUAUCAACGCCGCCGUUAACAGUCUAAUGCAGGAUCAAUACAAAUAUAAUCCGAUUCGCCAAAGAAAGUUUUCCGUGAAUAAGUCAAGUAUUACGAGAUCAACCGAUGACGGAUCGCGACGAUUCGUUUUAGAAGAUUUUCUAGAGGAAAUGUUUAAAAACGAUGACGUAUCCUUACCCAUACUGGCAACAUCAACCAGUACGGUAUUACCUUUGAACGUUUGGCUAACAUCAACACCAAUGACAUCUCCGUAUGAAGAAGAAGAAACAAUGAAUUACAAAUUUUUACGUACUACAACUAAUAUACCUACGACUAUGCCGGAGGAAUUAGAAAGAACACUUGACCCCGAAGAAACUUUAAAAACCACCACUCAGUAUUACGGCACACGCAUUAAUUCCAAAGAUUCGAUCACAAGAGAGUCUACGGAGAACAUUAAAAUACCGACUACUCAGGAAACUGGAACAAUCAUCACCACUGAUUUCAGUAAUUCCCAAACUACUCUAAACGAUCUAAACUCCAUCGAUAUCUCUUUAGAAACCACACCGAUCGUAGAAAAAUCUGAAAUAACGACGAUUAAAACGAUCGAUACGACGACGGAAAAUUUUCCCAUCGUCGAAAGUACAAAGACCGAAGAGUCAAAGGACAACGACGAUAUUUCCUAUCCGAAGAAUCACCGAGCUAAAUGGAGCGAAGUGAGAUAUCCAUCAGAUCCUUCGAUAGCCUUGAAUCAUUCACUCUUUUCCACUUGGAAUUACGAUAAAAACGGGAAAAUAAGUGAUUGGAAUAAAAUCUCGAAAAAGGACAUAGGGAAUAAAGAGGGUAACAAUACCGAAGUUAAAAUUCUUACGGAUUAUGUUCAAAAUGUAUUUGACGAUUUGAAGGAAAAUAGAGAAAAUAAGAAGAGGUCCAAUGAGAGAUCCAUGAACAAUGAGAAAAAUAAUAAGAUCGGUUCCUUGGAGAAUUCAAGGGAGGACAAUGAGGUUAAGACGAAUUCCCCAUUGGAAACGAGUUCUAUCAGUGUUAGAAAAGAUACGAGUCAAGCCGAAGAUAAUUCUUCGAUAAAAUUGGAACAAGAGGAAACACCAACGACAAUCGCAAUGCAAAACGAUGAAGACGAGAGUUCGUCUACGUCGGAAUAUCAUUCGAAUCCAACGGUGAUUUUAGACACCGAAAUACACGAUAUAUUAUCCAAAGAUGAAUCUAUGGUAACGGUAACACCAACGAGUUUAUCAACGACGACGACAACAACGACGAUGACGACAUUACCAACGACAUCGGAAUACAAUACAAUUAGUGAACACAACACGACGGAAACGAUACUCGGUAAAGUGCUGAGAACGUCGACGACGACUAAAGUCUCUCACAUGACCGAGAUUUGCUAUAGAGGAAGAUGUGUAAUGACCAAACCAGAGCGUGAAAUUCGUUUGAGAUGAAAGAAGUCGAAGAAAGGAUCUUUGAGAAAAUUAAAUAAUAAAACUUCGUUUCCGAUUCGACGUAGGUUUUUCAUUGCGAAGUUCAACGAAUGCAGAAACGCCCUGUUUUAUAAUAAGGAAUGCAUUCGAUGGACAUCGCAAUAAAUGUUUCGUAUUUAUUUGAAAACGUAGAAAAGAAGCUUGCUUUCAUCGAGGCCGAAGCCACUUUUCUCGGUUGCCGAAGAGAUAUAGAAACGACAAUGAAGAAAACAUAAGCAAGAAAAUGUAAAGCCGUAGGAAUUUACAAUAAUCUCGUGAAUGCGAUUAAAUUUUUAAAAGCGAAGAUAGAUGAAGAAUUUCGAUAUGUCUACGACGAAUUUUUUGCUCGUGGAAUAUUUAACGGCGAGUUGCCACCGAUGAUCAACGAUGAAAAAUACAUCAUGUAAAAAUGUAUAAAGGAUUUAGUUUAUUACAUUCGUCAGGAUCCUGCGAACGUCUCUGUAUUAAAUAUUUCCAUAUUUGACAGAAGGAGAGGUAAUAUGAGCAAAAAAAAAAAAGAAAAAAAGAAACAAGAAAAGAACGUGUGGCAACUUUGAACACGGUCAUGCAAAUAAUUCCUGCGCACCGUUUUGUGUGCCGGAAAAUGUAUUUAAUUUAAUUAUUUACUGUCCCUAUCGGUACGCGUUUAAGUUAAGUGUCUAAAUAUUUUAAUAAAAUACAAGAAAACACAUA